AUGCUGUGGAAUCUGCUGGCUCUUCAUCAGAUUAUCCAGAGGGCCAUAAUUAGUGCUUCACUCAGGAAGUUUGAAGAUAAGGUUCCAGAGAAACAAAAGAUGUUUCAGGAGGAUAAUGGAAUUCCAGCGCAUCUGAAGGGUGGGAUAGCUGACGCCCUCCUGUAUAGAGCUACCAUGAUUCCUACAGUUAGUGGAAUGACAUAUGCCAUGUAUCAGCUGGUUGUGGCUUCAUUUCUCAGGAAGCAGGGUUGGCUUCAGUUUAUCCUUCCAGCAAUCAGUUGGUUCAGCUUCAUUCAGCUCUCUGUGGACUGA